CUGUUAUCCGAUCUGGCAGCCCUACCAGGAGUUUAUAGUCAGCUGUUAUUGACGUAACUUUUACUUUUUCCUUGGAUUUUGGUAGAAACUAAAUUGAUAUUAAAAUGGUUCGUCCAACGCUCGUCACCCUGGCCAAGCGAGUGCCCCUCAUCCAUUUUCGCAAAGGGGGUGCGGGCGCCCCGGGCGCCCAGACCGCAAAUCAGCAGGCAAGUUCCCAGCCACCAGGAGGCAAAAAGUUGGCCGGAGGCCCUGCAAUCGAAGAUUACGAGCUGCCGGCACGGUUUGCGCGCAAGCCAAUCGACCCCGAGGAAGCGGCGUACAUCAACAAUGGAGGAAUUCCAAAUUAGAGGACCUCAAAGUGUGCUGCUUGUAAAAUAAUCUAAUAUCAGACUUCACCGAAAAUCACACAUGUUUAGCGUAAAUUAUUCAAGAAAGAAUUAAAUGGCGGCGCCAGAAUGAUAUUGUUUAAAUAAACAUAUGUCCCCCGGA